AAGAAGGGAAACAUGGCAGCAGUCACCAACAUCAACCUGGACCUCUCAGCGUCUAUCGCUGGCAUUUUGAAUGAAAAACACUGCCUUGAGCACUUGCAAGCUUUGAAAACAUUCACGACUGCGUUACGGGACAGGGAAUACAGGGAUGCCGUGGAGGAGCAGGCGUUCUCCCGUCUCCUGGAGGUCCUGACCAGACUCAGUGAUGAUCUGCAGACUGCCAACGAGGACAGUGAGUCUGUCCCCCUGCAGCUGCAGUUGAUUGCUGAGUGCUUCAGGGCCCAGAGGAACUCUUGCGUCCAGAGCACACGCAACCAGAGUCUGCUCAGGGAGCUUGGUUUUGUGGAUGUUUCGCUUAAAGUUCUGGGCUUCCUUCAUAACAUAAAUUUGGAGUGCAGAGAUGGCAUAUUUGAACCUCUCCGUUGUGGGAUCCAAUUCCUCGGUAACUUAGCUGUGGGAAACCAAAUGUGUAAAGAUGACAUCUGGCAGCUGAGCUUCCCAAAUCUUCUCCUGCAGCUGCUCAGUGCUGAUGAUGAGAAGACGGUGAACUACGCCUCUAUGGUACUCCACACAUGUCUGGAUGAAGCCAAGGUGGAAGAGCUGUCUGAGCCGCACAACAUCGAGCUUGCACUCAGGGUGAUGGAGCUCUGUAGGACUCAGCCUGACCUGGACUGGACGGUUCUCAUUGCAACCCAACAUUUCCUCAAGUCUUCAGCUCUGGUGGAGAGCAUGUACUCAGGGAUGUCUCACCAUGAAAGACUUACUCUGCUAGAGCUGCUUUUUGCCCAACUAAGAGAGGAGGACUCAGAGGAGUGUGGCAUCCCACCCAGCGUGGCUCGUUUCUUGGCUAAUUCCUUCCAGAAAGGUUGUGGAGCUGUGCUUACACUUGCCACAGGUUCUGCUUCCAGUGAUGAGGUCCUGCAGGAGGCACUGACAGUGAUUAGUCUGCUGGACGUUCUGUGUGAGAUGACCUCAGACCACAGGCAGUUCAUGUUCCUACAGGACCACCCUGACCUUCUAGUGACCACUGUUGAGCUCCUGGCGCAGGUACAUGCCAUAGGGAAGGCCAGUAAGAAUAUUUUCAGCGCUGCUCAGAACUUCUCCUCCUUCAGUGGAGAUGGAGACUUUUCUUCCCAUUCCCCUGUCAUCAGCUUCAAGGCUCACCUCAUCCGGCUGAUAGGAAACCUCUGUCACAGCAAUACUAACAACCAGAAGAAGGUUAGAGAACUGGAAGGCAUUCCCCUCAUCUUGGACAACUGCAACAUUGACAGCAACAACCCAUUCAUCAGCCAGUGGGCCAUCUUCGCCAUCAGGAACCUCCUAGAACACAAUACGCAGAACCAGGAGCUGGUCGCCGAUCUGGAACGGCGUGGCCCUGCUGACUACUCUGCUCUCAGGGAGCUGGGUUUCCUGGUGGAGGAGCGAGAUGGAAGCCUGCUGCUCAAACCCGUGAGGAAAGACUCAUAAAAACCUUGGAGAAGCAGCCAGGAGAAAGGAGAUCCUCAACUCACAAGCAGGUUUUCAUGUGAAGUAAUUGUUUAGAAGGGAAUAAAGUACAUGUGCAUGCGCUUGUGUGAACAUGUACUCUUAUUGUGAGUACAUUGUUAAUGUUACCUAGUAUUAGUAGUAAGCUUCAUUUGAGGGUAAAUGACUCAUCCUCUGUCAAACACAUGUUUUGUGCCUGUCCAGAAAAACUGACAGCCACACUGCCAGUAUAUUAAGCAGAGAAGUGCUUUUAAAUCAGAUAUUUCUAUCAGAAGAGUAUGCAUAACGUACUUUUCUACCUCUGUAAUGUUAGUACUCAUGCUCAGACGGGCCGUACAGUAUUCUUGACAAACAAAAGGCCCAUGGGGUCCCCCUGGCACAAAAGCAGAGGUCAGGAUAUCAGAAGCACUUGUUCUGUCUUGACCUGAGUCUGGGAAAUGAAGAGUCUGGGAUAGACGAGCACAUGCUGGUACCUUUUGGCAAGGCUAAUGCUUUGUGGUUUAAUCCAAAGACAAAAAGCACCACAGUGUCCGGGCUUUUCACCAUUCACUGACACUGAUGUUACCAGCAGGGGUUGGGGUUUAAUUCCAGGCCCAUAGUGACUUCUGCAGUAACUGUGAAACAGAGAAUGACCAAAACAUGAUAUAAUCAACCCCCUCACCACCUUACCUAAUUAAAUGGUGGUGUCUUUGCCAGGGAGACAAAGACUUUAUUUUUUUCCUCUUUCAAAUGCUUAAAAUACCUGCUACUCUAAAGUGACAUAAUAUUAUUAAUGUUAUUUGAAUCUGAGGAAAUCUAAGUGCUAAAUGCAAUACUAAAACUAAUAACAAACUAUGCAUGUUUUGUAAUUUAAAAACAAUAUACAGCAUGAGCUUGUCACUGUAGCUCUGCUUGCUUUUGCUUUUUCAAUGCUUCUUGUAUUAAGGCUGUAACAGUAAUGAGUUUUAUACUCAACAUAGUUUAGUGAAUUUACUCUUGUUCAUCAUCUCACUCUUAAUCUAUUUCUAUACAUAAAUAAACGCAUGAGGGCUUAUGGAACGCAUCAUAGAUCAUUAACCAUCUAUAAACUCACAACAUUGAGUUUAUGUUUUACUCCUUGGACUGCUUCUCUUUCCUCUCAGCUAUAUUUGAGUUUUACCAGACUGCAUAGACUUAUUUUUAGGGAUUUAGUAAAUACUCUACUUGUGUGUGUGUGUGUGUGUGUGUGUGUGUGUGUGUGUGUGUGUGUGUGUGUGUGUGUGUGUGUGUGUGUGUGUGUGUGUGUGUGUGUGUGUGUGUGUGUGUGUGUGUGUGUGUGUGUGUGUGUGUGUGUGUGUGUGUGUGUGUGUGUGUGUGUCUCUCUCUCUCUGUCUGUGUUUUCACGCUUCUUCUGUUGAUCAGUGAUAGUGGUACUGGAUCAGUAGUUGAUGUAUGAGAGCAUACUGAAACUGUGUAUGUUCGAAGAGUGAGUGCAUGAAUGAGUGAGUGAGUGAAUCAGACCAGAAGCAUUAGUUUGCAGAAUGACAUCCCUCCCUGCUUCUCCUGUUGCUGGAUAAGCUGAACAGUCCUGACACCUCAACAAUACAGCGCUUUACAGGCCUGCCCACACCCUGCUCCACCCUGUUUGCUCUGCCUCUGAUUUUUAAUGACAAAAUGUAUUGAAACAAUCGGCUGGACUCUCCCCUCAAUCCGUCGGCAUAGUGAAGGGAGCUUAUGUGGUUCCGGUCCCCAGGAUUUCAGACAGCUAACAAAACAGCUGUUACUUGCGCUCGACUGGCUGGCUGCAAUGCUUUUCAGCCCCACAGGAAAGAGGCUGUGCGAGUCAGCCGGGCUGAAUGAGGUGGCAUGGCCACGGUCGUCUGUUCACCUCCUAACACAUUAAUACCACAUCAGUCGAGGCCAGAAGUUCUUGUGUUUCCCAUAUCAGCGGUUUAUGCCGUAGGCCUCUACUUCAUUGUAUAUGUGCCUUCUGGUUUGGUAUUUACCUAAAGCAAAAACACUUUGUCAGGGUGUAAAGUACAUGCUUCAUGUUUCGGUCAAAUUAUAUGUUUAAAUAAUGACUAAUAAAGUACUGUGUGUGACAAACA